AUGCCAAAGUGCGUGAUGUAUGUGUUGCAUACCAGAACGAAAAAGAGCAGCAGAUCCGAGCACUGGCACCAGCCUGUGAAAAGCUGUAUUGCACAAGGGAAAACAAAAGCAGCCCAGCUCCCUCUGCAGUGAGUGACAUCCUAUGGUGUGAUCUGAAACUCUGCUAAAGGAGAGUGCGCUUAGGAAAGGGAAAGUGAAGCUAUUGGUGAGACUCAUUGCACCAGGCUCUUAUGAAAUCAGAUAGAUUAAUAGAAUAUGGUGUUAUAAUGGUUUUGGUUUAUGAUAUGAGAGAGUUCAUGGGAGAGCUAAACAGCCUGUGCUUUAAGAAAACAUCAUCAGAUAGAAGUAUAAGAGCCGCCUGCUUCCUCUCCAACAUCGCAUGCUGGCUGCCUUUGGAUUCCACGCUUGGAACAGUGAGCACCUUCUCCAUGUAAAAAACUCUGAAAUUUGCGGGUCAAAGAUCACCUCACUUCUUGCAGUCGUUGAGUAGUCUGGAAGUGCAAAAUGCACUAAUGGCAAGAGUAGCAGUUUGUGUUUGGGAACAUACUGCUAAGGAAGAACAUGAAUGUUUGAGAAGGAUAUUCCAGGUGAAGAAGAACAACUUGCCAGUGGACUGCUGAGGCAUCUCUAGAGACUUGCAUUGGAAGGAAGAGGGAGUUUUCUGCAAGAAAUGGAAAAGUAUGUCUGAACAACUGAGGCUGGAAAUGGAGAACAUGUCUUGGAGUUCCCUGCACAAGAUUCCUGUUUCCAGUCUCACUGUGUCUGGCUGUCCUUGGAGCACUCAUGCCCGUUGCAGUGAGCAGAAGGGAGCCCUGGUUGGGUGCUGUUCUGAGCAUACAGGGCCACUGGUGUCCCUACAGCAGUAUGGCAGAGCACUGCAUCAGCCUUGCUCACAGCUGGGAGGAGGACAGCCUCACCAGCAGCCCGAGCAGGAGUGAGGAGAAGGGAAGUUUUGUGCUCUUCACACUGCAGGCGAAACGUCUUUGCAUGAACUCUGCUAAAAGGGGAAGGUUAUGGCAAUCUCCUUGAGCAAACUUCAAACUGAACCAUAGAUAUCUGUGACUGGGUCCCUUUAGCAGCAUUUCUUCUGCUGAGUUUGACACAUGAGUUGUAACUAUUGUGACACCUGCACUGGAAGGGGUUAUUAACAUCCUGCAGCAAAGGCAUCACUUCAGCCUAAACAUUUGUGGAAGAAAUAAACUCUACAUGAAAACUGAAUGUAAUUAAGUCUUACAUUCAGGACCCUGAUGAGUGAUACAGAGAGAAAAGUAGAAGAUGGUGAAUUUCACAGAGAAUGCAACUGAGAAGUGCAACAUUAAUCAUGAUAUCCAUGAGACAUUAUCCCCUGUGGUGUACAUAUUUGUGUUUAUAUUAGGCUUGCCAGCUAACUGUCUGUCACUGUACUAUGGGUAUUUACAGAUCAAAGCUAAAAAUGAAUUAGGUAUCUACCUUUGCAAUUUGACUGUAGCAGACCUGCUGUACAUAUUUUCUUUGCCUUUUUGGCUUCAGUAUGCUUUACAGCAUGACAACUGGACUUACGAUGAGCUGCUGUGCAAAAUUUGUGGCAUCAUCCUAUAUGAGAAUAUCUACAUCAGCGUGGGCUUCCUGUGCUGCAUCUCCAUUGACCGCUAUCUGGCCGUAGUGCACCCCUUCCGGUUUCAGCGCUUUCGGACCAUGAAGGCUGCUGCCAUUGUGAGCAUCAUCAUCUGGGCCAAAGAAAUAAUGACAUGCUGCUUUGUGUUCACGCACGGGGAGAUCAGCAUGGAUGCUGAGAGCCACUUGGUGUGCUUUGAGCAUUACCCCAUCAAGAAAUGGGAGCACAAUGUCAAUUACUACCGCUUCUCUGCUGGCUUCCUUUUCCCUUUCUUUCUGCUGGCCUUCUCCUACUGUGGGAUUUUACGAGUUGUCCACAAGAGUCCCGGCACUCAAAAGAAGAAGAAAAUCCAAAUUAAAAGACUGGUUUCAAGCACUGUUUUCAUAUUUUUAGUCUGCUUUGGGCCAUACCACAUCCUACUUGUAGUUCGUAGCUUGUUGGAGAACAACUGCUCAUUUGCUGAGAAAGUAUUUAAUGUUUACCAUAUUUCUCUCUUGUUAACUACUUUUAACUGUGUUGCUGACCCAGUAUUAUACUGUUUUUCCAGUGAAAGCACUUACCAGAACUUUGUCAAGAUGAGAGACUCUUGUCUAACAUGUUUAGGCCGUCUGAGUACUGAGACAAAGGAGUCCUAUCCACUGAACAUUACUGAAACUCCCAACAGAACACAGCAUGAGCAACAACCAGAGUUAUUACAAAUACCACUUGAUGGUGCUGGAAUGAAGGACUGCUUCACAGCUGAUAUAGACAGCCUAUAGCAUUAAUCAAAAAAGGACCUUGAUCCUAAAUCUGCAGCUAUGGCCAUGUUGUGUAUCUGUCUGAAUUAUUCACGUAUUACAGCAGUGUGACCUCGCAAAGGCUUAUGAGCAAUGCUGUACAGUGAAGCUGUUUCUGGAGGUGCUUGGACCCUGGCAAUAGGGAGGAAAGCAUAUGCCAAGUCAGUUCAGUUAUAAUCAUAUAUCUGUUGUUGUCAUGCUACCACUUAAAACCUGUUUGUCUUGAUGACUGCAUUGACUGGAAUAAGCCAGUACCCAUGGUGUGUAGUUCUAGUGAACUCAUCUUUAACUGCUUUCUGUUUUCCUCUGUUGCUUCUUGAGAAAAUAAUUCUCUACAAGCUGUCAUCAUCUAUCGAAAAGGUCAGAGACAGAAAAAAUUUAAUGUCUC